CAACUCCGAAAGCCAAAUUUAUCUCUGCCCUCUCGACACGUACGCGAUUGCUGCUGGGGGGGAUGGCGGAGGCAAAGGCGGCGGCGCUGCUGGCGCGGGAGGACGGGGGCGCCGCCGCCGAGGGAUCCGGGCGCGGCGGCGGAGCGACGUGGGCGCAGACGCUGGGAAACGUGGUGGUGUCCAUCGUCGGCACGGGGGUGCUGGGCCUGCCCUACGCCUUCCGCGCCGCCGGCUGGCUCGCGGGAACCCUCGGAGUCGCCGCCGCGGGCUGCGCAACGCUCUACUGCAUGCUCCUCCUCGUGGAGUGUAGAGAUAAACUGGAAGAGGAAGAAACAGAAGAGCCAUGUGAUGUUCUCUACACAUACGGGGAUUUGGGUCAGAAGUGUUUUGGGACAAUCGGUCGGUGCUCGACAGAAAUCCUCAUCUUCCUUUCUCAAGCCGGCGGUUCUGUUGCUUACCUGAUAUUCAUUGCUCAGAAUCUCCACUCCAUGCUUACCCAGUUCAUGUCACCAGACGGCUUCAUCUUUGCCGUCCUCCUGCCUAUGCAAAUUGCACUCUCCUUCGUUCGCUCGCUGUCCUCCCUUUCACCUUUCAGCAUAUUUGCAGAUGCAUGCAAUGUCCUAGCGAUGGCCAUAGUUAUCAAAGAGGACAUACGGCUUUUCGACCAUCCAUUUGCAGAUAGAAGUGCUUUUAAUGGGCUUUGGGCGAUACCCUUCUCUUUUGGGGUUGCACUUUUCUGCUUUGAAGGGUUCAGCAUGACUCUGGCACUGGAAGCAUCGAUGGCGGAACGGAAAAAAUUCAAAUGGGUGCUUUCUCAAGCACUUGUAUGUAUCAUGUUUGUCUAUGCGUGUUUUGGAGUGUGCGGAUACUUGGCUUAUGGUGAAGCCACCAAGGACAUCGUAACACUUAAUCUUCCCAACAGCUGGUCUUCUUCUGCAGUUAAGAUUGGCCUAUGCAUUGCACUAGCAUUCACAUUUCCGGUCAUGAUGCACCCGAUCCAUGAGAUCGUUGAGGCGAGAAUCAGAUCGAGUCAGUGCUUUCAGAAGUUUUCACAGAAUGUUGGUGGCCCCAAUUGGUUAGCCUUGCACGCAAGCCGCAUCAUGGUGGUGACCAUCCUUGCUGUGGUGGCCUCGUACGUGCCUGCAUUUGGGGCCUUCAUCGCCUUCGUCGGGAGCACGGUGUGUGCUCUGCUCGCUUUUGUGCUGCCUACCACCUUCCAUCUCAGCAUUGUGGGGUCUUCGAUGAGCUUGUGGCGACGCCUGCUGGACUACGGUUUCCUUCUCUUUGGCCUUGUUUUUGCUGUCUAUGGAACCUUCACUGCUCUCUAGUUUGUCACAUUGACCAAGAUCAAAAUGGCCAAGAACUAUGCUGGUGUGUA